GUCAGUCGAUCAGUCUCAUUCUACAUUCUGAGAGUCUCGGUUCGUGGUUUCUAAACAUGGAACGAUCGUUUGAAUACUUUCCACCAACCAUUUGCUACGAUAAACCAGCUGCUGCAACAGUAUCGCAAGAAGAGUGUGAAUCUAGAAGAACACGUGCUUUGGAUGGAUCAGUGGUACUGGAGCUGAUUGUUCCAAAGAAAUCGGCUAAAGUGUGGACGCUACAGAAGGACGAUCUAUGUCGUGUGUCGCUGCCAGUAGGAUCUCAGGUCGGAGAUCUUAACUUUUGGAAUUUAGAUCAGCCUCGAUUGGAGCGUUUUUAUUCUGGUAAAACCCGCCAGAUACACUCGACUCACUUGAAAACGUACGACCGGCUUUGGAGUUGCUUCCCGUACUUACGACCGAUGGCAACAUUCGUGAGGGAUUCACUCCAGGCUUACGGUAUCGAUCGGGAUGGAGGGUCGCUGCACGACGUUGUUGGUACGCGGUGUGAUGACUAUAUCUACAAGCUAAUUACCGGUGAGGAUCGACAUGAUAGCUGCCACACAUACCUCACAGAGGCAGUGAAGGAGUACGGGUUGACGGAGCAGGAUGUACACGAUACCUGGAACAUAUUCAUGUGCACCGGAUUCACAAGGGACACCCAACAAUACUUUUGCAAGCCGAGUCCUGCUAGGAAGGGGGAUUAUAUAGAGUUUCUCGCCGAUAUGGACCUUCUCGUAGCUCUCAGUGCUUGUCCGCAAGGCGAUGUUUCAAUUCAAGUUGGCCAAAAGGUACCGGAUAGUAAAUGUUUCCCGUUAAAAGUGGAUGUAUUUCGUUCCAUUACAAAUUGAAAAUGGAAAUAAACUUAUUCUUGCUUUAAA